UGAUCGGAGGAGGAGGCGACGAGACGGUUAGCGACUUAAACCUUCACCACAGCUCAAACAAUGUCGGACACAGACGGGUAAACGGCGCCAGAACGCAGCAGCAACAGCGGGCGGCAGGGCACCAUGUUCGGUCUGAGGGAAGCCGGAGUCCUCGGAGCCUCGGCGGCUCUGGCGGGAGGAGUCGCCUAUCUGAUCUGGAACUACGCGUCCUCCUCCGGCCACAAGAAGCCCGAGACACGGCCGGGAGAGGACGUGAAAAGUGGCGGAGAGGGGAAGACGGAGGAGAGGAGGGAGGAGGCUGAACAAACUAUAUCCGCAGCCGAAGCUCCCAAAACAUCGCAGACCUGUCCCGUGGAGACUCAGGGGACCCAGGUUCUGGUUCUGGGUCUGGAUGGAUCCGGGAAGACCAGCCUGCUGCACUGUUUCUCGUCCGGCAGCCCGGAGCAGGACAUGGAGCCGACGCAGGGCUUCAACGCCGUCUCCAUCAGCAGAGACGACCUGCACAUCGAGUUCCUAGAGAUCGGAGGUAAGGAGGAUCUGCGGCCGUACUGGCAGAGGUACAUGCCCAAAGCUCUGCUGCUGGUGUUCGUGGUCGACUCGUCCAACCCGCAGCUCUUUCCGGUCGCCAAGAAACAUUUACACGAGCUGCUGGCCUCCCACCCCCGCCUGCCUUUAAUGCUGCUGGCCAACAAACAGGAUCUUCCCGGUUCCUGCGGCAUCACUGACCUCCACGACGCCCUGUCUCUGUCUGAGGUCGGGGACCGCCGCUUGUUCCUCAUCGGUACCCACGUGAAGAAGGGCGAGGCGGGGCUGAGCUCAGGCGUUCAGGACGCCUGGGACCUGAUCAUCCAGAUGGUUUGUGACGGCAGAUAAAGCUCACAGCUGGUGGUCGUCGCUCAGUCCUGUGUUUCUGAUCAAAUCUGAUGCACUUUUGUUCUCUUUACUGUUUUCACUACUCCGGGUUGGCUCCUUUAUUUAUUUGUGUUUUGGUGUGUUACUGUUGGGAUUAAAGGAGCUCGAGAUCUUACUGUUUGUUUCCGUUUCUUCGGUUAAACUGGGGGACGAUUCUAAAAGCUUUUUCUCAAAAAAAAUAAAAAUAAAUAAGUCUGCGUUUGUCUCGGCAGGUGAUGGAUAGAGCCAUAAAUAUUACACUUAACAAGACUGUUCUCGUCAUGUGUUAUUUAGCGCUGCAUUUUUUUAGACUGAUCACAAGGUUUUUCAUGUGUCAUAAUCAACAGAAUGUGUAACACCUUGACAUAUUAGACUUCAAGCUGUGUUGGGUAGAGACAAGAGAAAUCAAUCCGUCAUAUCGGCUUAGAGCAGCGAUGCUUCUCUUUCUACAGACUUACAUUUCAAAGAAACACACAAACCUUAAGUAGCAUCUGUUACAUUAAAUGUUCAUUUUUCAGUCAGUAGCAUCUUUCUGCCAUUUGGGGCCACCAGUGUGCAAAGUUUCCAAUCAGACUCCUUGUUACCAAAUCUGAAGACGAUUGGAUUACAGCUUUAAAAACACACACUUCUAUGUAUUCUAUGUAUUCGAUGUGUGUUUUCUCUUAAACUUUUACAAGGGAAUCUUAACAAUGAAAUAUAAAACUGAUACACUUCUGUUUUCUUAAUGUCUUUUGGAUUAGCUGUGGGGUUUUUUUGCUGUUCAGAGAGAUGAGUUGCUGUGUUUCGUGUGUCCUACUGGAGGAAAUCGGCUUCUUCAAACUGUGGGCUGAAGCUGAGCUGCACUGCUGAUGUGUGUAACGCCUUCACAUGUGACGCUUUUGAGGGAUGUAAAGAUUUCAAAGAGCACAUUUACAAAAACAUUACAAUACCAAAAACUUGUCAUCAAAGCAGUGAAUGUGAACAGUUUGAUAAAUGCUGUUUUUUUUUCACACUUUAAAUAAACUGUUUCCAAAAAAAAAAAAAA